UUAUUAUGGACCGAAAUGGCGACUAAUGACCGCCUGGGAAGAGAUGAAGGAAGGAACACGUUGUUGCGGUCCGAUGCCAUAUGCGGCCACGAAGCUUUUCCGAUUGCAAGGCCAGAUAAGGCGAACCUGAUGCGGCAAGCGAUAACAGGCAUAUCCUCUGGCUGGCACGGAAUGCCACUCACUGGCACAGGACCCUGCGAGUGCCACCCCCCGGCGUCACGCGACCUGCACUUCGACAAUCGCCGUGAAACAAUCGCGGGACGCCCCUCGCUACGCUGGCUGAUAAGCGGAGAUUGCGCCCGCCGCCGCCGCGCCCGGAGUGAGUCCGCCCUCGCUGCCCCGACCCGCGCGCACGGGACCGACAGCCGCCGCCGCCGAGGGCCUCCUCCUAUGUGCCUCUGGAUCUGCCUCUUCGGGGUCUUUGGCACGUGCUUCCGCGACAAAGCCGAGAUGGCGUGGCGCCACCGCUCCAGUAACGAGAAGACCCUCCUGAAGGUGAUCGCGUUCCUGGUCUUCGCUCUCACCUGCUUCAUCAUCACCGUCACAGUCAUGGACAUCACCUACAAGGCCAAGAUCAAGGACCUGGAGGACCAGCUCGACCAGCAGCAGUCGAGCACCACGGAGGCGCUCACCAGCCACACCUCCACCCUCGCCUCCACCCUCACCUCGCUCAGCUCCACCACUCCGCCUCCGAUCACCACCACCGCCGCCCCCACCACCACCACGACCACCACCUUGGCGCCCACCACCACGCCCGCACCGUCGACGACCCCCACGACCGCCGCCCCGCCGACCACCCCGCCCGACGACGGAGUCCGAGACGUCCCACCACGCGUCCUCGCUGCUGCUGGAGGCGCUGCAGUCACUGCUGCGGAACUUCUCUGGGAUCUCCUCUGCCUCGGACAGCGUCGACAGCGCGCGGAUGUCCAAGGGCCUGUUCAGCCGGACGCGCGGGACCUUCGUCAUCGUCGCCGACGUCCGCCACGAGCAGUCCCGCCCCGCCCCGACGCCGCCCGCCCCGGACGCCGCCAACGCCACCGAGCCCUUCGAGAGCCCGCUGGUCUACAUCGACGAGGCCGCCCCCUCCGCCGCGCCGCCGCCGCCGCCGCAGGGCCGAGGCCAGGGCGAGACCACAGAGAGCAAAGAGGACGAUCUGUACGACGCAGACGACGACGACGACUACGCCGGCCCGCGCCGCACCACGACCUCCGACUUCAAGAACGACCUGGAGGCCUUGUCGACGAAGGAAGGCUCGGGCGUGGACGACGACAAGAUGACGGUGCCUCCCUAGUCUUACGUAUUACCUUAGAUAACAUUGAACAUAUCACUAGAUUCGCAUUAAUGAUUCCCCGCUAGCCCUGCGACGACGGACGUGAGACUAGCAGUUGUGAUUCGUGUCCUUCUCGAAAGGCGACGUCGUGCCCCCAGACUUAUAUUUUUUACAAAAUAUGGAUUCUCAGUGAGAGUUCGUUCCUCGGCGACCGUUGCUUCCCGAACCAAGUUCAACGAUGAAAAAGACACUCAUUUUUAGCCUAAAAAAAGAAAGAAAAAAAAAACGAAUUGGGAUAAAUUAGACGUGUCGUGUCUCGCUCUUGUGAUUUGUAUUCCUUUCAGACCUGUAAUUCCUUCAGCCCCCUCUGAGAUCUGAUGCUUGCUUCUUCAGGCCAGGGAAGUAAAUUUACUUUUUAUACAAAUUUAUCUGAAUUCAAAAAUGGUAAUUGGAACGAAAUGUCGUAUAUAUAUAUCUACGUUUGUUAUAAUCAAUAAAGUAUUAUUAUAUUUGUCCAA